AGUGGCGCAUUCCAAGAAUUCCAGGCUGGGCGAAUUGUUUUGAUUUCUCACACUGAUUAUUUUCCUGAUUUGUUGGCAUUUUCCGGCACUGAAAGAAUCACGCUGAAGUUGGUGAGAAAUGGUGCGAGUUCUCUUCCUGCACCCGGAUUUGGGCAUCGGAGGAGCGGAGCGUCUGGUUGUGGAUGCUGCGCUGGCACUCAAGAGUCGCGGACACGUCGUCAGCUUCCUCACCAAUCACCACGAUGAGUCGCAUUGCUUCCAGGAGACGCGCGACGGCACACUCGCCGUGAAGACGGUGGGAGAUUGGCUGCCCAGGAACAUUUUCGGGAAGUUCAGUGCUUUCUGUGCCUACCUGAGGAUGAUCUAUGCUGCGUUCUACACAGUCCUGGUGGUGUCACAGAACGAGCGCAUCGACGCGAUAUUCUGUGAUCAAGUGUCGCUGGGAAUUCCGAUUCUGCGAUUCGCCAAGCACAACCCAAAGAUUCUCUUCUACUGUCACUUCCCGGAUCAGCUGCAGACGAAGCCUGGCGGCUUGCUGAAGCGAAUCUAUCGAGCGCCACUGAACUUCCUGGAGGAGAGGACAACCGGCCAGGCGGACAGAGUGCUGGUGAACAGCAAGUUCACGCGCAGAGUGUUCAAGAGCACCUUCAAGCGUCUCUCUCUGGAUCCGGACGUUCUCUAUCCAUCGCUCAACACGAAGUUCUUCGACUCUCUGCCGCCGGAGGAUGAGAUUGCAUCGAGGAUUCCCAGCAAGGCCUUCAUCUUCCUCUCCAUCAAUCGCUUCGAGCGCAAGAAGAAUCUCACGCUGGCCGUCGACACGUUCCGGGACAUCGCCGGGUGGGUGUCGGCGGCGGAAUUCGACCGGAUGCACAUGAUCGUCGCCGGUGGCUACGAUACGCGCAUGGCGGAGAAUGUGGAGCACUUUGAGGAGCUGCAAUCGCUGGCGAAGCGCUACAAAAUCCAGGACAAAAUCACUUUCCUGCGCUCACCGAAGGACACCACGAAGCUGUGGCUGCUCAGCGCCGCUCACGUGCUUCUGUACACGCCGGAGAACGAGCACUUCGGCAUCGUGCCGCUCGAGGGCAUGUACAUGGCGAAGCCCGUGAUCGCCGUGAACAGCGGCGGCCCGAUGGAGACAAUCGUGGACGAGAGCACGGGCUUCUUGUGCCAACCGACGCCUGGGGACUUCCGCAAGCCAAUGCUGAAGCUGUUCCGGGAGCCGCAGCUGAUCGAUUCCAUGGGCCAGAUGGGCAGAAAGAGAGUGCAGCAGAAGUUCUCCUUCGAGGCCUUCACGGCGUCUCUCAACAGCAUCAUCGAGGAAUUGCUGGCGGACAACCAAUAGCCUCUGCUGACCGUCGUGGUC